CCCCCCCCCACCCGCCGCCGCCCCCGCUGACACCAGCGACUCGCUUGGAGGCUACGGGAGGUUGCGCGCUUCCCUUGCUCUGUUCUUGCCCUCGGUGGUUCCUUAGAGGGAUUCCUCGUUUCUAGAACUGAUUGGUGUUCGCGAUUUCCGUCUUGAUUUUGAGAUUGCAGGCUUUUAUCUAGAUUACUGUUGAGCUGCAGUAUCUACUUUUGUAGCUAACUAAGGUUUUGAAAUUGUGUGCUUAUAUCUGGAUCUCUGUUGGGCUGCACCAUCGGUGACUGAAUUCCCAGAAGUAGAGAAUUAUUGUUUAGAGGGGGUUGGUUCUACUUACAAUACCAGAUCCUGGUUUUGUUCAACCACUGUAUUCAUGCUCCAUGAAUAUUAAUGAGCAUGAGGAAGAACCAUAGCCUGUUUUGGUUGAAGCAUCUUACAUGAAGGAAUUCAACGGUGUCCUUAUUAUAUCAUGAUGGAGUGCAACAAGGAAGAGGCUAUCAGAGCCAAGGACAUUGCGGAAAAAAGAAUGCAAAACAAAGAUUUUGUUGGGGCACGGAAGAUUGCUCUCAAGGCCCAACAGCUCUUUCCUGACCUUGACAACAUCUCUCAGAUGUUAACUGUUUGUGAAGUGCAUUGCUCUGCUGCAGUUAAGGUCAAUGGGGAAAUGGACUGGUAUGGAAUUCUUCAAGUAGAACCAUCAGCAGAUGACUCAUCUAUCAAGAAGCAGUAUCGGAAGCUUGCUCUUUUACUGCAUCCCGAUAAAAACAAGUUUGCAGGUGCUGAAGCUGCAUUUAAGUUAAUUGGAGAAGCACAUAUGACGCUAUCUGACCGUGCGAAGCGGUCCCUUCAUGACAUCAAAAGAAAUGCUAAUGUUAAAAUUACCCCAGCAAGGCAGCCUUCUCAGCAAGCCAAGAAUACUACUUAUGCUAGAAGCAAUGUUCAUAACAUGACUUUUAAUGGUUUGAAUCAGCAGCAGCAACAGCCAUCAGCUUUCGGUGGUACCCAGACUUUUUGGACCAUAUGCCCUACUUGUGGCAUGAGAUACCAGUAUUACAGGACAAUAUUAAACAGAGCUCUCCGCUGUCAGAAUUGCAUGAAACCUUUCAUAGCAUAUGAUUUAAAUGCACAAAGUGUGCCUCCUGGGACAAGUUCGGGCUAUUCAUAUAACAAUUCUGGAAUUCCGACGCAGCAAGUUCCUAACCAGCAAGCUCAUAAUACCGGCCAGCAAACUCAAUUUGGACAUGCUGCUUCUAGUACUGCCGCAUUUCAGGGUAAUGUGGGUGGGACUUCAGCGGUCAACUCUGAACAUGAAGGUGGGUCUAUGAACAAGACAAAAGUAGAUAGUAAGGUGAAUGUUGAAGUUGGGGCAGGCAAUGAGGUGAAGUUUGAAAAAGUAAAGCUUACGGAGGUGAAUAAGAAAGAGCAGGUGGCUAAGCCUUCAAAAGCAAACACAAGCCAGAAGAGGGGCAGAAAAACAGUCGUCGAAUCUAGUGAUUCAGAUAGCACUGAUAGUGAAGAUAUAGUUAUUGAAGAUGGUCCUCCUGCAGAGCAUGGUGCUGGGGCAGAUGCCAGCCAUUGCCUGCGAAGAUCAACCAGGCAGAAGCAAAAUGUCAGAUAUAAUGAAGAUGGAAGUGACAAUGAUGACUACAUGAAUCCUCCCAGUCAUAAAAGGUUGAAAAAGGGUGGAUCAUCAUAUAAUGCUGAUCAGAGUGUUAAAGACUUUUCAGAUGGUGAUGCCAAUAGAGUUGAUGUGAGAAUGGGUGAGAACAAUAUUUCUGAAGACAAAAUGGAUAGCAGACAGAAAAGAGGCACCAUGUGUGAUGAGAAAUUGCCAAAUGGAAGUGGAGAAGUGACCGAAGAUAAAUUGCGUGAAAGCAAACAAGGAACCAUUCAGAAAGAGGAAAUAUCUCAAGCUGGAAUUGAUUCUAGUGUUGAUUCAAGCUCCAAGGCUUCACCUAAUGUUGGGUCCUUCUCCUACCCUGAUCCAGAGUUUUUUGACUUCGAGAAGCUCAGGAGUCCAACUCAAUUUGCAGUUGAUCAGAUCUGGGCAGUCUAUGAUAAUCUGGAUGGGAUGCCUAGAUUCUAUGCUCGGAUUAGGCAUGUAUAUGGCCCACCCUUCAAACUGCGCUUUACUUGGCUAGAGCAUGAACCCACAAAUAAAGCUGAAAUGGCAUGGUCUGAUGAGGAAUUGCCUGUUGCUUGUGGGAACUUCAGACUAGGGAAAUCAGAAGUCACUGAGGACCGCCUGAUGUUCUCUCAUGUUAUAUCUUGGGAAAAAGGCAGAAAGAGAAACUCAUAUGACAUAUAUCCUAGGAAGGGCGAGGUUUGGGCUCUUUACAAGGACUGGGAUAUUGGGUGGAGCUCUGAUCCAGACAGUCACAGGCUCUAUGAAUAUGAAAUUGUAGAAGUUGUUUCAGAUGUCACAGCAGGCACUGGCAUAGCUGUUGUUCCAUUGGUCAAGAUAAAGGGUUUUGUGAGCUUGUUCAUCCGAGCAAAAGGCGGAAUAACAGCCUCAUGUGUCAUACCACCCAAUGAAAUACUUAGAUUUUCUCACAGUAUUCCUUCUUAUAGGAUGACUGGAGCUGAAAAGGGAGGCAUUCCAAAAGGUUGUCUUGAACUUGAUUCGGCUUCCCUCCCUAACAACUUUCAAGAGAUUUUUCAUUCCAUCAGUCUUGACAGUUUAACAGUUGGAGUUGAAAAGUUGGAUGAUGAAUGUAAUGGUUCCUAUCCAAAGACUGCACUUGAUGAUGAGAAGCUGGGAACUGUCAAAAUUGGGGAAACUGAGAAUAUAAAAUGUCUGAACUUCUCUUCUCAUGGAACAAAUGGAGUUUGUGAGGAGAAAUAUCAUGCAAGUACAAGUCAGCAUAUGGCAACAACCGGUUCAAAUCAUAUAAAUGAAACAAAGUCAUCCAGAGUAGAGAUUGACAAAAAUAAUGUAGAUCCUCAGAAUGCCAAUGCUAACAGUGAUGCUGAAUGUCAUGAUCCCUCUACAUCAUCAUCUCAAAGCCCGAUUACCUAUGUAUAUCCAGAAUCAGAGUUCCAUAACUUUGAAGAAGGCAAGGCUAUUGAAAAGUUUCAACUUGGCCAGAUAUGGGCAUUGUACAGUGAUAUUGACAAAUUUCCCAAAUACUAUGGUUGGAUCAGGAAAGUUGAGUUGGAGGAUUUUAGAGUGCAUAUGAUAUGGCUCGAGGCUUGUCCUUCAAGAGAGGAGGAGAAACGUUGGUUGGGAGAGGAGCUGCCAAUUGGAUGUGGAACAUUUAAAGUUGCUUCCGGUAGCGUUACAUUUGAUACUACGGAUAUAUUUUCUCAUCUUGUACAGGCCAGACCAACUGGUAGAAAAAACCAAUAUGUUAUCCUCCCCGGCAUUGGUGAGAUUUGGGCUGUAUACAAGAAGUGGCGUGCAGGAUGGACCCUCUCAGAUUUAGAAAAUUGUGAGUAUGAUAUGGUGGAGAUUUGUGAGCAUACUGGUUCAGGCAUUAAAGUUUCGCUUUUAACUAAGGUGAAUGGUUAUAGAGCUGUAUUCAGGCCUGAAAGAAAAGGAAAUGUUAUUGCCAUGAUGGAGAUUCUGGAAGAUGAGUUUCUGAGAUUCUCUCACCAAAUACCUGCAUUCCGGCUAACAGAUGAAAGAGGUGGCAAGCUACGAGGAUAUUGGGAGCUUGAUCCUGCAUCCGUGCCAGAGAUUUUUCUGUUUUAAAUGUUGACUGAAACAUUAGGCUAAUUGGGGUUGGGGGUCUUUCACAAGUAUAAUUCUGAUUCAUGACCUUUCAGUUGAUCCUUAUCAGCUCGGGUUCACAUUAAAAAGGCAACAAGAAUGAUUUCCAGUUUGCUUCAGAAAAAGCCGCAGAAUUUGUGUAAUUCUGCUGGAUCCAAUCUGGAUCACAAUUUCAAUUGCCUAUGUUUCGCUCUUGUUUUUGGAGGUUUCAAGCAGAUACCAGCUUGGAAAGGUUGCAGAUUGUUCAAUUGAUCCAUUUUGCAAGUUGGAAGCGAGUGUUCUCCAUCGUCACACUCGUAUAUAUGUAGAUCUAUGAUCAUGCAACCAGAACUAGCUUGGCGACAUUCUAAUAUUUAAUGCUUGCCCUUAGUUUCAUGUUAGAAGUCCUAUUUGUUCAGGGUUCUGAUGUACUGCAAUCUGGCAUUUUGGUACAAUGAGACACCAAGAAGGCUGGCUGGUUAGAUGUCGAUAAGUUGUUGUGCCUUUCACGAUCCUAUCUCAUUUCUCUGCUAUUUUGAG